CUCUGCACCUUCCACAAAGAGAAUAUGCCGCUGCUGCUGUGUCCUGUUUUCUUAUAACCAGCUGAAAAAAACUUGUAAUUUCCAGUGUUUUGAAUGAGACACAAGAGACUUGCAUGGCCGAGAGGAUGGCAGAGAUGGAGGAGGACAUUGGGGAUCUGCCAGCCAGAGAAGAUGACAAUGACUCAGACAGAGAUGAAGACGACAGACUGUUUGCUUGGAUGGUAAAUGACGACAUGGAUGAGGACGAGGAGGAAGAUGAGGUGGAGGAGUUGGAGGAUGAGCAGCUCUUAGACACUGAAGCAUCUGAAUCGUUUGAGCUGGACACCCCAGCUGAGCGCAGUGGUCAUAUAGCGGUUGUUGACAGAAAUGUCAUGUAUGUGUGGGGUGGAUACAAAAAUGCUCAAAACCACGGAUUUUUUGACUUGUAUCUGCCGAGAACUGAAAUCUGGACAUACAACAUGGAGUCAGGUGUAUGGACAAAGCAUAUAGCCGGAGGUAACCUACACAUGUCUAUGUCAGGCAGCUGUGGGGUGUGUGUUGAUGGAGUCCUCUACCUAUUUGGAGGUCAUCAUGCCAGGGGAAACACAAACAGGAUCUACCGUCUGCCACUGAGAGCUCCCAGCCUUGUGUGGGAGGAAAUGAGCGAUCUGAAAGGACUCCCUCCAUCAUCCAAGGACAAGUUAGGGUGCUGGGUUCAGAAGAACAGACUUAUAUUCUUUGGGGGCUACGGCUAUGCUGCACAAGGACCUCAUCAAGGGACGUUUGAAUAUGAUGAAUCGUCUUCUCUUGUGUGGGACAGCCCUGGGCGCGGCUGGAACAAUCACAUUCAUAUCCUGGACCUUGAGACAUAUACAUGGAGCCAGCCUGUCACCACGGGGAACACCCCAUCACCCAGAGCAGCUCAUGCCUGUGCCACAGUUGGUAACAGAGGCUAUGUGUUUGGGGGACGAUACAAGAACUACCGACUAAAUGACCUGUACUACAUUGAUUUGGACACAUGGGAGUGGCAUGAAAUGAGCGUUCCCCAGCAGUGUCCUGUGGGCCGGUCUUGGCACUCGUUCACUCCUGUGUCAUCAGACCUCAUCUUCCUAUUCGGAGGGUUCACCACAGAUAGAGAGACACUGAGUGAUGCUUGGCUGUACUGUGUGAGCAAAAACGAAUGGAAGCCUUUCAAACACAGUCACACACAGAGCCCCAGGCUCUGGCACACAGCAUGCUCUGGUCCUGAUGGGGAGGUGUUUGUGUUUGGAGGUUGUGCUAACAACUUGUUGUCUCAUCACAGAGCUGCUCACAGCAACGAGUUAUUGGUUUUCAAUGUUCAACCCAAAUCACUAGUUCGGUUCUGUAUGGAGGCCAUUCUGCAGCACAGGGAGCGCUUGUCGAGUUACUGGGACUGCUUGCCUAAACCUGUCCUGCACAGCCUCAAACAGAGAAUGUCACGUGUCAACACACUGGGCUCCUAGAUGAAGAAGCGGCCAACA